GGAGGGAAGAGAGGAUGCCCCUACAAAUCCUGGGGGCUAGAGAGAUCUAGGGCACCUUUGGGUGGUGGAGUGCGAAGGAGACGACCCACAGCGGAGGAGUCCCUGUAACCAGCAACCAUGACGGACCAACAGGCUGAGGCCAGGUCCUACCUCAGCGAGGAGAUGAUCGCUGAGUUCAAGGCUGCCUUUGACAUGUUUGACGCUGAUGGUGGUGGGGACAUCAGCGUUAAAGAGCUGGGCACCGUGAUGAGGAUGCUAGGGCAGACGCCCACCAAAGAGGAACUGGAUGCCAUCAUUGAGGAGGUGGACGAGGAUGGCAGCGGUACCAUCGACUUUGAGGAGUUCUUGGUCAUGAUGGUCCGCCAGAUGAAAGAGGAUGCGAAGGGGAAGAGCGAAGAGGAGCUGGCGGAGUGUUUCCGCAUCUUUGACAGGAACGCAGACGGCUACAUUGAUGCUGAGGAGCUGGCUGAGAUUUUCCGGGCUUCUGGGGAGCACGUGACAGAUGAGGAGAUCGAAUCCCUGAUGAAGGACGGCGAUAAAAACAACGAUGGCCGCAUUGAUUUCGAUGAGUUCCUGAAGAUGAUGGAGGGCGUUCAGUAAAGAGCCGGCCUUCGCUUCCACCCAAAUUGCAGGCCCCCUGGGUGUGGACAACGCUACCCUUGCCUUCCCCGCCCCACCAGGGAAAGGAAGCUCCUUCGGGCCUUGUGGCUGGAAGGAAUAAAAGCUGACAAUG